CCCUUCUGCUACUUCUGUCCAAUGGAGACAAAAUCUACACAAGAAAAAAUAACUUAAAACACAUUCAUCUACAAAAUUCACAAUUUUCAUCCUCUAAAGUUGAACUUGUAACCAUAACUCCAAAUCCAACCAAGAGCCACCAUGUCAUCAAGUGGAACCAUAUGGAGUUAUGAAGAAGAAAAAGCAUUUGAGAAUGCCAUUGCUAUGCAUUGGAUUGAGGAAGACUCAAAAGAGCAAUGGGAGAAGAUUGCUUCAGCUGUUCCAAACAAAAGCAUGGAAGAAGUGAAGCAACAUUACCAGGUACUAGUAGAUGAUGUAAGUGCAAUAGAGAAAGGUCAUAUAUCAUUUCCAAACUAUACUUCAGAGGAAACUACUUCUUCAAAUAAGGAUUUCCAUGGCUCUUCCAAGGCUACAACUUCAGAUAAGAGAUCAAAUUGUAAUUAUGGAAGUGGGUUUUCUGGAUUAGGACAUGAAUCCACCACACAUAGUGGUAAAGGAAGCUUGUCAAGGUCAUCAGAACAAGAAAGGAGAAAAGGAAUUCCAUGGACAGAGGAGGAGCACAGGUUAUUUUUACUUGGUCUAGAUAAGUUUGGGAAAGGAGAUUGGAGAAGCAUUUCAAGGAACUUUGUGAUAUCUAGGACUCCAACUCAAGUGGCAAGCCAUGCACAAAAGUACUUCAUAAGGUUGAAUUCCAUGAAUAGAGACAGAAGGAGGUCUAGUAUCCAUGAUAUUACUAGUGUAAACAAUGGAGAUGUGGCUAGUAAUCAGGCACCAAUUACAGGCCAGCAUAGUAGUAGCACAAUCCCUUCAAGUACAAUGGCUGUGGGACACUCACUUAAGAAUAGAGGGAUUCAGCCCCAUAUAGGUGCUGGUUUAGGUAUGUAUGGAACACCAGUUGGACAUCCUGUGGCUGCUCCUCAUGGGCAUAUGGCAUCUGCAGUUGGGACUCCUGUCAUGCUUCCUCCUGGACCCCAUCCCCAUCCCCAUGCCCAUGCUCAUGCCCAUCCUCAUCCACCUUAUGUUGUUCCUCUUGCUUACCCAAUGGCACCUCCAACCAUGCACCAAUAACAACUCUUUCUAGUUAGUUUUAGAGGGAAACUUAUGUGUGACACAAGGAAAAAGAAACCCCCCCCUUUUUAUGUGCAAAGUCUUAUGUUAAAUUCUACUCUAGUUUAUGCAAAGAAUUUGUUGAAUCCUAUGGUAUUCAUGAGUUAAUGUGGUGGUACAGACUAUAUUUUAGUUGAUUUUGCCACUUUUCCUGUUAGGUGGUGGAUGUAAUGCUAAGAAUUGCCUCAUGGUGUAUAUGGUGAAAGAUAUAAAUUUAAAUGCCAAGGAAUUGAAGCGAAUGAAUUUCAAGUUAG